UUUCGUCUCGUGGACAUUUAUUUGUUAAAUGCUGCUGUUAUCUCAGUACAUUAAGUCCAGAAUGAAUUUCGAAUUAAUUCAGGGAUUGGUGCAAAUUGGUGCAUGUUCAAGAGCGUCGUUCUAAAGGAGUAGCUUAGAAAAUAUCACAUAAUGGUUUUUCCACGUUGGAUUUAAAUAAUGGGAAGGACGUAUACAAGUAUUUAUAGCCUACGUUGGACGAUAUGUAGCGCUGGUAAAAUGCGUGAAAAUACGUGCCAUAUUUAUUUUCUUUUUACAUGGUGUCAAUUAAAUGACGGAAGAUAUGGACAGUAGUCAGAACUUAAUUCAGAUAUCCCGAACUGAUCGCUAUAAAGCAAAAUAGUUUGCCUCACUAUGAGUGCGUCUGGUGGAUGUCAUCACCGUUCAGUGAUGCAGUAUGAAAACUACUCUUUGACACCCGAAGCAACUGCAAGUCCUUGCCGCGAAGAAAGCGCUCACCUCCAUGGUUGGCUUGUGAGACAUACAGAAGUGUCUCAAACAAAUCAUAGCAUGGCACCAUCGGACAUCCCCGAGUAUGCGACCGGAGGCCCCGGCCUUGAGUUUUCGCGUUCUAUGAACGUUAGGGGGGCUGUUACUACUGCUGUGGGAACAAUAUUCCGUCCUAUGAAACGGAGAGGUAAAGCUCGACGAAAGGAAAGGCGAAGGACUCAAAAUAUCAAUUGCGCCUUUGGCGAGCUCAGGGAAUGUAUACCCAACGUUCCUGCAGAUACAAAAUUGUCCAAAAUAAAAACACUGCGAUUGGCCACUAGCUAUAUCGCUUACCUCAUGGACCUCCUGGAAAAGGAUGACCUGAAUGGAGAAACAGAUGCUUUUAAAGCAGAAUUCAUAAAGACAGACUGCAAAGAAGACAAAAGGAAGAAAGAACUGAAUGAAGUUUUGAAGAAUUCAGAAAACAACGUUGACAAGAAAACAAAAGGAAGGACUGGCUGGCCGCAGUAUGUUUGGGCUUUGGAGCUCAAGAACUAACUUUACCUCUCCUGGACUUCAUUUUAGAGAUGUUAUUCUUGCCUUCGGUAAAAAAAAAUUUUUUUGGGAUUAUAUAUGUGUGCAA